AACUAAUUUUCAACCACCUUUUAUCGAUCUAUAUAUGUUCGGAUUUCUGGUAAUUAACAAGUGAAUAUCAUGGGGGACAAGAGGGCAACUCCGACACCGGUGAAUCGGCUAGGGAGAUGGGUUCGGAGUCGCUCGGUGAGACAAAAAGUAACCAUGGGCGCGGUUGCAGCAUUAAUGUUGCUGGUUUUGUUGAAAGUUCUUGUCAAAAAACGCAGCCACUACUUUGUUGCUACUCAAGUUGCUCAUUCUGCUGGGAUCUUAGUCUUAAUUUACAAACUCACUAUCACCAAAAAUUGUUCCGGUCUAUCAUUGAAGACUCAGGAGCUUACAGUGGUAUUCUUAAUGAUGAGAAUUAUAUGCCAUUUUACUCUCGUACAUGAUAUACAUAUUGUACUUGAUACUCUAAUCCUCGGAUCUACUCUCUGGGUCAUCUAUAUGAUACGUUAUAAGUUAAAAAGAACGUACAUGCAUGACCUUGACAACUUGCCUUUGAGAUAUGUGUUGGUGCCUUGUGCUAUUGUCGCGGUGAUCGGGCAUCCUGGAUGGCAAGGGCCCUGUGUGAGGAGGUUCUUCUUUGUUUAUAGUUUGACAAUUGAAGCCGUUUCUGUACUUCCUCAGCUUCAUUUGAUACAAAAUGCUAAGAUGGUUGAACCGUUUACUGCCCAUUACGUCUUUGCCAUGGGGGUGGCAAGAUUCUUCUCAUUCGCUAAUUGGAUGAUUAUGCUUAUCGACACUAAAGGAUCACUAAUGACACAAAUAGGGAGGGGACGUCUUUAUUUACUAGUGGCUCCGCUAUCUGAGGUGGUUCAAACUUUCAUCUUGGCCGACUUCUGUUAUUACUACGUAAAGAGUGUGAUGGAAGGACGGCGCUUGAUGAAGCUACCAUCACUUGUCUCAGUUGUGUGAAAUUUGGAUAUAUAUAUAUAUUUGAUUAUUGCAGCAAUAAAAUUACUUUGUAUUAAUUGUGUUCAUUUGGAGAUGCGUAAGUUAGUAUGCACUUGUAAAUUACUCAGGCAUGAACUUGAGCACAUAUAAAUUGUUCAUAUGGUGAAGGUCAUGCUGAAUGCUAACAUUUGUUUAAUGUUUAACGGCGCUAAAAAAACAUUACCCCCGUAUAAUUUAAAUAUGACUAAUUUCACUAAAUAAUAUUCCCUCCGUUUCUUUUUGUUUGUUACCU